AUGUAUUCUCUUAAUGUGGCCCGAGUCUUAGGGGGGUUCUUCUCCCAGCAAACGCCGUUCUUGAAACGCCCGAGGAUACCACGACUCGGUAAUAUCAUCAUAGGGAACAAGCUAAACAGACCUCGAAAAGAGUAUAUGGAGAUACACCGCUAUCGUCCUUCUGUUUUAUUCCAGGCAAGUGACCGUGCCGAAGCCCUUCGACAUUCUAUUGAAACAGCAGCUAUGAAGUCUAUAGAAACCCCCCCUCGUCUUGUCAUGUUCACGGACGGUUCGGCUAGAAAUAACUUCACCGGAUUCAGUGUGAACUAUAAACGAAGCUAUGGUGCUGAUAAUGACUGGGUCGACAUGGUUUAUGCAGUCCAUGGUAUUAAGAGUAGCUACGCAGUAGAACUGCUCGCCAUUAAUAGAGCUAUGUGGACUGCUGUGGACGAAAUAAAGCAAUGGAUCCAUAGAAACCUUGAAACUGGGAGGAGUAGUUACAAGAAUAUCCCCAGGGUCAUAAUAUUCUCGGAUUGCCAGGGUGCUAUGCGGUACGUAUAUAAACGCUAUUCUGGAACUAAACCAAUACUCAAAUGCCUACCUGGUGAGUUCGGUGACAGAAUCCUAGACCCCUUAGAAGGACUCCUAGAACUAGGGUGCAGAGUGGAGAUACACUGGACGCCAGGACACUCCAAGGAUGAAGGAAACCACCGCGCAGAUAAGUUAGCCUCCAUUGGAUCCGGCUACGCAACCCGAGUUUCUUCUAUACUGAGACUAGCAGUCGAGAAUGCACUCCUACCAUUUCCAGAACUAGCGGGGGGCCCGAAGAUGGUCUAUCCAAUCCAUGCGGGCACACCCAGCACGGUUACGAUGCACUGGAGGAAAAGGGAGACUCAGAAUGUGCUGAAGAGCUUGGUUGGCAUAAACACCCACGUUUAGGUAAGUAAAUGCAUAUGCUAAAUAAAAAGAUAUGUUGUUGUUCUAAAAUGCACUUGUACUAUAAAUCUGAGUAAAUCGAAACCGUAAGAAAUGGAGCUUACCAAGGAAUACCUAAGAGUAUGUAGCAACCACCUAACAUCGGCAGCCUAGACCUUUGACUUCCAGCCGCCUUCAGCUGCAAAUAUAUCCCCAACAGCCUUAGAUACGAUCAGCAAGUGCCUGUCGUGAUAUCGUGGUGCUACCAACGAUAACCCUAUCGGCAUGCCAUUUCCCCCCUGAAACCCCGGGACGUUGACUACCGGAGUGUGUAGCGCCUAACAUAACUCAUUAAUACUGCACAUCUGAGGCAACUCAAGCACCAAA